GGUGUUGAGAAGAGAUGGGAGGAAAUUUUGAUAGUAACAGAUUGGAUAGCAAAGGUGAUAUGUUGGGCUUCAAGUUUCUGUCUUGUGUCAGGGAGGAAGCAACGGCCUAAAACUCAACCUAAUCCUAAAUCCCAGGCUCGUCGUAUUCGGAAGGAACCACCAGCUUACGCAGCAGGCAGUUUGGAGGAACAAUGGUACCUAGAAAUCGUGGAUAAAGGCAGUGUCUCCUGUCCUACCUGCCAGGCGGUGGGGAGGAAGACCAUAGAGGGCUUAAAGAAACACAUGGAGACCUGCAAACAGGAAAUGUUUACUUGUCAUCACUGUGGGAAACAACUUCGUUCACUGGCAGGGAUGAAGUAUCACGUGAUGGCAAAUCAUAAUAGCUUGCCCAUUUUGAAGGCUGGAGAUGAAAUAGACGAACCAAGUGAGAGAGAGCGGCUCCGAACAGUUUUAAAGAGACUGGGAAAGCUCAGGUGCAUGCGCGAGAGUUGCUCUAGUAGCUUCACCAGCAUCAUGGGAUAUCUGUACCAUGUCAGAAAAUGUGGCAAAGGGGCUGCAGAGCUGGAGGAGAUGACCCUGAAAUGUCACCACUGUGGAAAGCCAUAUAAAUCGAAGGCUGGACUUGCGUAUCACCUGAGGUCAGAGCAUGGGCCUAUCUCAUUCUUUCCAGAGUCAGGACAGCCAGAGUGCUUAAAGGAGAUGAGCCUGGAGCCAAAGAGUGGGGGUCGAGUUCAGAGGCGUUCUGCCAAGAUAGCUGUGUACCACCUGCAGGAGCUGGCUUCUGCUGAACUGGCCAAGGAAUGGCCUAAGAGGAAGGUGCUUCAGGAUUUGGUGCCUGAUGACCGGAAGUUAAAAUAUACUCGCCCUGGGCUUCCUACCUUCAGCCAGGAAGUACUACACAAAUGGAAGUCAGAUAUCAAGAAAUAUCAUCGCAUUCAGUGCCCUAACCAGGGUUGUGAGGCUGUCUACAGUAGUGUAUCAGGCCUUAAGGCUCACCUGGGCUCUUGUACCUUGGGAAACUUUGUGGCUGGAAAAUACAAGUGUCUUCUGUGUCAAAAAGAAUUUGUGUCAGAGAGUGGUGUCAAGUAUCACAUCAACUCUGUCCACGCCGAGGUGAGGUCCCUGCUUUUCCCAUCAUGUUUUUGUAAUCCUUGGAACCCAUACAUGUGCCCCAAGAAAGGUGGAAUUUGUGUGUUGUGUUGGGCUAGGACUGCCAAGGAAAGUAGCUUGAAAGUGGUUACUGGAGACAUUGGAGUUAAAAUACUUUGUAAAAUUAGAUGCAUAAUUAUAUUUUCUAUGAAAGCAUUUGUAGUCAGUAUAAGUCUGAGCAUCCUUGAGCUCUUCUGAGUCUUUUAAAUUCAGUUAAAUCAGGCAUGU